AGUUCCUAAGUGCGAACUAGUUCCGAGCGGCACUCUACAACACUGAUGGUUUAGGAAGCCGCAUUAUAUUUAUUGUAGGCAAUUUUGACAUAUUUCUAUAAACGAAAUAUGACAUAUUGCAAAUAAUUCAAUUUAAUUUUACUGGGAUAAAAAUUGAUUUAGUGUUUAGUGCUAACUGAAGCUAGCUGAAGAAGCAAUACCAAAACGCCGGCAUUUACAACAACAAUUGCAAUCGUCGCAAUGACAUCCGCAAGGGAUUUAAUAAAAAUUGAUAUAGAAUGGGGCAUGGAGCGAUUGGUGCGCGCUCAGCAAGUCGUCGAGCUGCGCCCCUACGACAUCGAAUCGUGGUCCGUGAUGCUCCGCGAGGCACAGACUCGGCCCAUUCACGAAGUGCGCAGCCUUUACGAGUCCCUGGUGAAUGUGUUUCCCACUACAGCGCGUUACUGGAAGCUCUAUAUUGAAAUGGAGAUGCGCAGCCGAUACUACGAGCGAGUGGAGAAGCUCUUCCAACGCUGUCUGGUCAAAAUUCUCAAUAUAGAUCUAUGGAAACUCUACCUGACCUACGUCAAGGAGACCAAAGCGGGUCUUAGUACCCACAAAGAAAAGAUGGCGCAGGCAUAUGAUUUUGCCUUGGAAAAGAUUGGCAUGGAUUUGCAUUCGUUUAGCAUUUGGCAGGAUUAUAUUUAUUUCUUGCGUGGCGUCGAAGCUGUGGGAAACUAUGCAGAGAAUCAAAAGAUCACAGCUGUGCGGCGUGUCUAUCAAAAGGCGGUGGUUACGCCCAUUGUGGGUAUUGAGCAGCUAUGGAAAGAUUAUAUUGCAUUUGAGCAGAAUAUCAAUCCGAUUAUAUCAGAGAAAAUGAGCCUGGAACGUUCGAAGGACUAUAUGAACGCACGUCGUGUGGCGAAGGAGUUGGAAUAUCAUACGAAAGGGCUCAAUCGCAAUCUGCCUGCUGUGCCGCCAACACUGACCAAAGAAGAGACUAAACAGGUGGAGCUGUGGAAACGUUUCAUUACCUAUGAGAAGUCAAAUCCUUUGCGCACAGAGGACACGGCGCUCGUCACUCGACGCGUUAUGUUUGCCACAGAGCAAUGUCUGCUGGUGUUGACGCAUCAUCCGGCUGUUUGGCAUCAGGCAUCGCAGUUCCUGGACACCAGUGCACGCGCUCUCACCGAGAAAGGCGAUGUGCAAGCAGCUAAGAUCUUUGCAGACGAAUGCGCCAAUAUUCUGGAACGAUCCAUCAAUGGCGUUCUCAAUCGCAAUGCUCUCCUCUAUUUUGCUUACGCGGACUUCGAGGAGGGCCGACUAAAGUACGAGAAGGUUCACAGCAUGUACAACAAGCUGCUCACCCUGCCAGACAUCGAUCCCACGCUGGUUUAUGUGCAGUACAUGAAGUUCGCUCGUCGCGCGGAGGGCAUCAAAUCGGCGCGAGGCAUCUUUAAGAAGGCACGCGAAGAUGUUCGCUCGCGCUAUCAUAUAUUUGUGGCGGCCGCAUUAAUGGAGUACUACUGUUCCAAGGACAAGGAGAUAGCAUUCCGCAUAUUCGAGCUGGGCUUGAAACGCUUCGGCGGCAGCCCCGAGUACGUGAUGUGCUAUAUCGACUACCUCUCCCAUUUGAACGAGGACAACAAUACGCGUGUGCUCUUCGAGCGUGUUCUGAGCUCCGGUGGCCUGUCGCCCCAUAAGAGUGUGGAAGUCUGGAAUCGGUUUCUCGAAUUCGAGUCGAACAUCGGCGAUCUGUCCAGCAUUGUCAAAGUGGAGCGAAGACGCAGCGCGGUCUUUGAAAAUCUGAAAGAGUAUGAAGGCAAGGAAACGGCACAGCUGGUGGAUCGCUACAAGUUCCUAGAUCUAUAUCCUUGCACCAGCACCGAGCUCAAGUCCAUUGGCUACGCCGAGAACGUCGGCAUCAUUUUGAAUAAGGUGGGCUCUAAUGCUGCCUCUGCCGGCGGUGCAAAUAGUCACAACAAUAACAAUGAGUCGGAGGCAGAUGGCGAGGCGACACAGCCCCUGCCACGGCCAGACUUCUCACAGAUGAUACCAUUCAAGCCGCGAUCUUGCGCUCAUCCAGGUGCACAUCCACUGGCCGGCGGCGUCUUUCCACAGCCGCCAGCGUUGGCUGCGCUCUGUGCCGCACUGCCUCCGCCGAACAGUUUUCGGGGUCCCUUUGUCAGUGUGGAGCUGCUCUUCGACAUCUUUAUGCGACUCAAUUUGCCGGAAUCUGCUCCACAACCAAAUGGCGACAACGAUUUAACGCCCAAAAUCUUUGAUCUGGCCAAAUCGGUGCACUGGAUCGUGGACACCAGCACGUACACGGGAGUGCAGCACAGUGUGACGGCGAUGCCGCCGCGUCGACGUCGCCUGCUUCCUGGCGGCGACGAUAGCGACGAUGAGCUGCAGACAUCGGUGCCGCCUACGAACGAUAUUUAUCGAUUGCGCCAACUAAAGCGAUUCGCCAAGUCCAAUUGAACCAAAGGACAGCAAUUCCGUUCUUUAUUUUAUUUUGUUCUUUUCAAUAUUCCAUUCACUUUCGAAAUAAUAAUGUCAAGAAAAUAU